GGCAGGACAUGGUGAGGGAGGUGCAGCUGCUGCAGCGACUCCGCCACCCCAACACCGUGGGGUUCCUGGGCUGCUUCCUCAGGGAUCACACGGCCUGGCUGGUGAUGGAAUUCUGUGCGGGAUCGGCCCUGGAUCUGCUCGAAGUCCAUCAGGAGCCGCUGAACGAGGACGAAAUCGGAGCCAUCGCCGAGGGGGCCCUGAGGGGACUCAGCUUCAUCCAUGGCCUGGGGGUCAUUCACAGGUGGGGCUGCCCCAUAGAUCAUCCCUGCCCCAUAGAUCCCAAAAUUCCAAAAAUCUGCCCCAUAGAUCCCAAAUCUGCCCCAUAGAUCCCAAAAUCCCAAAAAUCUGCCCCAUAGAUU